AUGGCGGUUUGACAGCGUCAUAAGUCAAUAGUGCUACCCUUGAAUAACAUGGAAUUCUAUCUUCUUCAGCGUGUAUAUGUUUUGUGGUAAAAACGUUGACGUCUCAAUUCUGAAUUGGCUGAAUGCUGAAUAUUUUACAUAUUUCCGGCUAACAAAAGCUUUUGUCUUUAAAUGUGGAUAUAGAGCUAGCACCACUUUAUUAAUUUCCACAAUGACGGAAAGGAAUUCGCCCGAAGAAGGAAAUAAUGUUCCACUCACGGACAACUCGCUCAUAGUUGAUAUAUCUGAUGCUCUGAGUGAAAAAGACAAGGUGAAGUUCACUGUGCAUACGCGCACUACUAUGAAAAACUUCCAAAAAUCGGAGUUUUUGGUGGUGCGCCAACAUGAAGAAUUUAUUUGGUUACACGAUCGAUAUGAAGAGGAGCCCAAAUAUGCAGGGUACAUUAUUCCACCUCCGCCACCCCGUCCAAAUUUUGAUGCAUCCAGAGAGAAACUGCAACGUCUUGGAGAAGGAGAAGGGACUAUGACAAAGGAAGAGUUCACAAAGAUGAAGCAGGAGUUGGAGGCAGAAUAUUUGGCAACAUUUAAGAAAACCGUCGCCAUGCACGAAGUAUUCCUUACGCGCUUAGCUAGUCACUCUGUAUUCCGUGAAGAUCGACAUUUGCACGUUUUUCUCGAAUAUGAUCAAGAUCUGUGCGCGAGGCCUAAGGGUAAACUGCAACAACUGGGCGGUCUUAUAAAAUCUGUCGGUACUACAACUGAUCAGUACUACCUGAAUGCAACCGUCCGAGAUGUUGCCGAUUUUUUCGAGCAACAGAUGAAUUCCCUUACAGAGUACCAUGGCCAACUAAAGGAAGCAACCACUAGAACUGAUAAGAUGACAGAAAAGCACAAAGAAUUAGCUGAUAGUUAUAUAAAAAUAUCGGCAGGAUUACUUCAGUUAGCAAAUAGUGACGAUGGGCACCUUGAUAAGUUCUUAGCCAAAGUAGCAGAGACAUAUGAGAAAGCCAGGAAAAUCGAAAGCAGGGUAGCCAGCGACCAAGAUCUGAAAUUGGCAGACACUCUCCGGUAUUACAUGAGAGACAGUCAAGCUGCCAGAGCACUGCUAGUAAGAAGACUCAAGUGCUUAGCGAAUUACGAAAAUGCGAAUCGAAUGUUGGAGAAAGCUAGACAUAAGAACAAAGAUAUUCAUGCUGGCCCAGCAAGCGAGCACUCGUCCACCUGGCAUACUUCAACCACGACGGAGACGGGAGCUACACCUGCAGCACUAGACGCAACGAGGAAGAUACACCUCCACUACGCCACGUACAUGCUAACUGAGUUACUUAAAAGCCAGCAAGGACAACUGCUGCAACUGUUCAAUUGCCAACAAGGACAGGUGUUUCUUCGAGAUUGCCGUGAUCUUAGUCUGGCCGGGAACGGUACUCAAAAUCGCGUGUUACCCACUGUUCUAGCUCCGAUCAAUCUUAGCGUGCGGAAUACGCACGAGAUCAACCGCUUACCGUCUAACGCGUUUGAUGUCCAUCCAGUAGACUUGAUAAAAUGUGCUAGCCCAGGCCUCAAUUUGAUCAAUCCGGGAGUCAAACCGCUGAGUCCCGGCCUAACAUCGACCAGUCCCAUACUGAAAGCGGCUAGUUUUGGAGUCACGGGCUGUAGUCAGUCUAUGAAACCUAUCAUGAUUUCUGCUGCCAACUCAUCGAUGCAGAGUCCAGUUAGCCCAAGUCAUCUGAAGCCCACAAGCCCAGGAGUAGUGCCGGAGACAGGAAGUGGUGUAUCGCCCAUAACCCUAAAAGGGAAACACGACUCCCCAAAUACUAUAUCGCAGAUCCAACAGACUGUUCUAACUUCCAUGCCAGCAAAAUCAGUCUCGGUAAGCGUCAUCAAAACAAAGGAGGACCUCGCCGAAGUGAAGUCGGAGACACCCAUAGUGUCAUUGCCAAAUGUUACAGUUAGCCCUGCACCGCCUAAUACUUCUGAACUCAUACCGACAACGUUAACGCCGGCUCAAAAGAAGGCAACAUAUACACACUUUGUUGAGGUCGAGAGCAAGUUGGAAGAGAUGUUCGCAGGCAUCGAGGACUCCAGCACUGACCUUUUAAAAUCUAACCCCACCACAUUGACCUUAGAUGUAUCGGCUAAACUGGAGGAGAGCCUGUUAAAGCUGGACGAGCCUGAGCUCGAAAAGGAAGAACCAGCACUUGUAUCGCAUCCAAGUCCGUCGACGUUGUCCCCAAAAAGGGAGGAAAACGUCACGACACCUGCGACAUAUGAAGAAGUUACAUCUAGUACGAAGGGUAAGCAGAAUCAGAAGUCUGCCACUCCGAAGAAGGCCAAGAGAUCGAUCGGAACGGUCUCUAAGAAAGACAGCGACGAGUGGCAGGAUAAGCCGAAUGUGAAAAGGAAAAAGGUCAAAAAAACUACAGCAGAACUAAAGAAAACCCCUACAAACAGUUCCAAGAAGCCAGCCCAGAACCAGGCGCAGGCGUCAAGGACAAAAUCUGCAACAGAUUCAGUGAAGGACGUAUACGCGUACGACUCGGGAAGUAACGCAAGCUCAAGCAGGUCUCGAGGACCAUUUAUCCUCGUCAGAGGUCCUAGUGACUCACCGAUCUCUGUCAGUGUGAACAACACGUCCAUCGGCGAAGAAGGCAGCGAGAAGACCCCCGCCAAGACGAAGAUCUACCAUGAUGACUGGCAUAAGAUCCGAUCAAAAGGUCUCCACUGCAGCACGUUAAGCAACAAGUACGAUGCUCAGACGCGCGAUAUGAGUUGGAUAUGCGUUUUUUGUAAGCGUGGGCCUCAUGCGAGCGAACUUAGUGGUCCGAUGACGCACGGACCCACUAUGGGAGACCUCUUCGGUCCGUAUUAUAUCACCACACAGUCGCCUGAAUUCGAACGUCAGCUGAUCGAUCCGUUCGACCGGCAGUUCAAGAGCAAAAAGGUGGCUCGCGCUCUGGACGAACAACAAGGGAACAAGGCCGACAAGAAGACCAAAAAGAAACAUGCUGAUCUCAUUCAGAACGAGUCUGAUGUUUACCUAGGGAUCUACGAGGUACCGACCACUAGUACAUCGAGUACAGCGUCGACGUAUGAGGUGUGGACGCAUGAAGACUGUAUUGUGUGGUCGCAAGGCACACACCUUGUAGGAGCGCGGAUAGUUGGAUUGGAGGAGGCAGUAUGGCAAGCGUCUGGUGUGUCGUGCUCCCACUGUAAGCUGCGCGGGGCGACGGUGUGUUGUCUGAACAGAGGGUGCUUACAACGGGCGCACGUGCCCUGUGCUAAACAGUUCCACUGGAAAAUGGACGAGGAAGGAGGACUUAAAGUGUGGUGCACACAGCAUUCCACGUAGGCGGGACGAGUGUAGUGUUCGAAAUUGGGAUAUGUGAUCAAGUGUCAUCUUACGAAAACUAUGUGUAUAUCAGUUACAUUACAUAGCUUAGACUUCAAAAGAAGAUAAAUUCUCAAACCUGUUGGAUUAACAGUUUACACCUUAUAUAGACAGAAAACCAAAUAACACUGACGUCGUGAGGUUCACGAGAGAGAAGCGCGAGAGGUGUGCAAUACGUGUGUUAGAAGGAGAUAGAAACACGUUGUUGCCUUGCAACCCGAGUAUGAGAUCACGGAUGUCAUCGAUGUACUCUUUCUAACUUACAUAUUUCACGCUUCUCGCGCUUCUCAUACACAUUAUGACUUCAGCCAAAUGUGAACUUCACCGUAGUCGUCCAAAAGCUAUAAAUGCUGUAUGGUUUGUUAGUCAUAUGGUCUGUGUGAAAAAAUGGAAAAAGAUGAUAAUGUGUAUAUUUCAAAUAUCAAGAACGAUCUGAUUUAUAAUGUUUAUAAUGGCUCAUACCACGGAUGUUUCCCAAGGUUUCCUUAUUUAUAACAGUUUAUUGAGAGAAAGUUAUGUGAUACUAGUAGUUGAUGCUGGCGUGACUAUUUUAGCUCUGUGUCUUGUUAGCUUCAAGCGAAAUAAAGGAAGAAACAAAGGCAUUUGUUGUAUUAUUAAGUACUUAAGAUUCAGGAACACAAUCUGACACUCAGCUGACGAAUGUAUAACGAGUGGUUGAAUGUAAUGUAGGUUUCAUUUUCAUUUUCAAAUUAAAAAGUCACUAUGAUAACUCUAGAGGUAGUUUAUAUUUUCAUCUGCAAAAAUGUAAUAGUAGCAUAACUAGCAAAUCUGUAUUUCAAAAGGGAGUAUUUGAAAUCAAAUUGAAUAAUGAUAUUAAACAGUGUUUGGUUUUAAAAAUGUUUAAUCUGAAAUUAAAAAAUCACAUUACGAAUACCCAAAAUGCUUAGCCAUGUCAUUUUAAUCGACAAGAAUGUAUAAUUACAAAAAAUCUAUUAAAAAAAUGUAUAAAAAAUAAUUAUACGUUAAAUCGACUUUCUAGGAUUAAUGCCAAAUAAGUCUUAAAAAAAACAACACUUUGGCAGUCCUAAGGAGA